AUGUCUCCCAUGUCCUGCCUGGAGCCGCUCUCCUGCCACACCUGGAACAAAGACAGGACCCAGAUCGCAGUGAGUCCGAACAACAACGUGGUGAACAUCUACGAGAAGAAAGGGAAAGAAUGGCUGAAGAUCCACGAGCUGACGGAGCACAGCGGGCGCGUCACAGGUAUCGACUGGGCCCCGGAGUCCAACCGCAUCGUGACUUGCGCCGCCGACCGCAACGCCUACGUGUGGACCCUGAAGGACGCGGUCUGGAAGCCCACCCUGGUCCUGGUCCGCAUCAACCGCGCCGCCACCUGCGUGAAGUGGUCCCCCCUGGAGAACAAGUUCGCCCUGGGCAGCGGGGCCCGCAUCAUCUCCGUCUGCUACUUUGAGAAGGAGAACGACUGGUGGCUCAGUAAACAUGUCAAGAAGGCGAUCCGCUCCACGGUCAUGAGUCUGGACUGGCACCCCAACAACAUCCUGCUGGCAGCCGGGUCUGCAGACUUCCACUGCAGGGUUUUCUCCGCCUACAUCAAGGACAUCGAGGACAAGCCGGGCCCGACGGCGUGGGGGUCCAAGAUGCCGUUUGGGGAGCUGCUGCUGGAGCACAAGGACUGUGGGGGGUGGGUCCACGGCGUGGCCUUCUCCCCCAGCGGAGACCAGCUGGCCCUGGUGGCCCACAACAGCAGCGUGACGGUGGUGGACGCCGCCCAGGGCAAGGCGGUCACCCAGCUGACCACCAACCGUCUGCCACUCCUCAGUGUGCUCUUCGUCAGCCCCACGGAGCUGGUUGCCGCGGGUCACGACUGCUGCCCGGUCCAGUUCUCCUACACGGGUCCGGGGGCGCUGGCCUUCGUGAAGAAGCUGGACAUCCCCAAGCAGACCUCCAGGGGGGGCAUCUCCGCCAUGCAGCACUUCCAGAACCUGGACAAGAGGGCCGGGGACGAGGACAGCAACGAGCAGGGGACCCUGCACCAGAACAGCAUCACUCAGCUGUGUGUGUUCUCUGGGCAGAGGGCCUCGGUGCAGCGGUACAGCAGUGUUGGUCUGGAUGGAGCUCUGGUGCUCUGGGACUUUAAGCAUUGAGGUGGUCGUCAGUGGGAGGAGUCAGAGAUCAACCCUCAACACCUUUAUGCAGUAUAACCUCUGAUGAUCUCAGUGACUGGAAACAAUGAUGUCAUGAAACAGUUUGCAUGAAUAAAAAGGACCCUACAGGCCAGAGGAUGUGAUGACAUCA